AGCCCCGGGAGAACCCCCCCGGGGACGGGGGGGGGACGGCACGGCGGCCACAGGGGGCCCCCCGCACGCUGCGCGGCCCCGCCGCUGCCGCUCGCUCGCCCCCGAAGAAGAGAAACCAAAGCGAGCGGCGGCACCGCCACACGCUCUCUCGCUCCCUCCUUCUCCUCCUCUUGGUGGUGGUGGUGUUUGGUUUUGGUUUUUUGAUUUUUUUUUUCGAUUUUUUAUUUUUUUUCCGCGGGGAUUCUCCGUUCUCCUCCCAGCCUGACUUGCACCUUCUUGAUAAUUUCUCUUCCCCCCCCUCCACCUCGUUUUUUUUUUUUAAUACUCUUCUUCUCCCCGCUUCCGAACCCUGUGUCUGUGUGUUUCAAUACUAUCACAACCUCUGCUAAAAAUAGAUCUUUUUAUAUACCCUUCCUCCUCUCUGACCCCAUCCAACACCCCUUGUUAAGUUGUUGACUAGGUCUUCAGCAGAGAGGAUACAAAAACUCAGCCCUCCUUGCCACCUUAGGACAUACUGAGAGAAGAAAACUGCAGGUAAAUAAAAUAUUUCACAGAAUCUCAGAAUCAUGUUGGAUACAAUGGAUCUUUGGAGGCCAUCAACAACAUCCUAGCCCAAGCAAGACAAAUUUAGAUAAGGAAACCAUCUUAAACCCAGAGCAAGAAACGUAAAUUCACUUGGCUGUCCCUUAUCUCUAAGGCACCUGAUGCGUAAGUGGACUAGAGAAAGGAAAGAACAACUCUGAAGACCUACAGAUCAUCUUGCUGGCAGGGUCACGAUUUCUUCGGAUUGAGGUGGAAUUUUGGCUCAUGGAGAUCUGAUGUGAUAGAACAUACGCAACAUCUUUAGAUUUCUUCCUUGAGACCACAGAGUGACUGCAAAACUGACCAACAACAGCAGGGCUUUUUAAAUAUCACUUGGUCUUCUGACAAGUUGAUUAAGUGAAGAGAAGGAAAAAAAAUACACAAAGCUGCUUUCAAGUAUUGAAGACACAAGGCCAGGAUGAACACGAAGGACUCAAAAGUGACUGAAGGAGGUCUCAAUGUCACACUUACCAUACGCCUUCUCAUGCAUGGCAAGGAGGUUGGGAGCAUUAUUGGAAAGAAAGGUGAGACAGUUAAGAAGAUGAGGGAGGAGAGUGGAGCUCGAAUCAAUAUUUCAGAAGGUUCCUGUCCAGAAAGAAUUGUGACAAUAACAGGCCCAACAGAUGCAAUUUUUAAAGCUUUUUCUAUGAUUGCACUAAAAUUUGAAGAGGACAUAAAUGCUUCAAUGACAAACAGCACAGUGACAAGCAAACCACCUGUAACACUGCGGCUUGUCGUCCCAGCAAGUCAGUGCGGAUCCCUUAUAGGAAAAGGAGGCUCCAAAAUCAAAGAAAUCAGGGAGUCCACAGGAGCCCAGGUGCAAGUCGCGGGGGACAUGCUGCCAAACUCGACAGAGCGUGCAGUGACUAUAUCGGGCACUCCCGAUGCCAUCAUCCAGUGUGUGAAGCAAAUAUGCGUGGUCAUGCUGGAGUCCCCACCCAAAGGUGCCACCAUCCCCUACCGUCCCAAACCUGCCUCUGCACCUAUCAUUUUUGCAGGUGGCCAGGUAAGAGCAGACACCAUUUUGGCUUCAGCUGGAAACCACACCGUCUUGGCCCAACCUCAGCCAGCGCCUGCGUUUACAAUUCAGGGGCAGUAUGCCAUCCCGCAUCCAGACGUGAGUCCAGCGCAUUUGACCAAGCUUCACCAGUUGGCUAUGCAGCAUCCCCCCUUUACUCCCCUUGGGCAGACCACCCCUGGUUUCCCUGGACUGGAUGCCACUACUCCAACCAGUUCCCAUGAACUUACUAUUCCCAACGAUUUAAUAGGCUGCAUUAUUGGCAGACAAGGCAGUAAGAUAAAUGAAAUCAGGCAGAUGUCAGGAGCGCAGAUCAAGAUUGCUAAUGCCACAGAAGGCUCUGGAGAACGACAAGUUACAAUCACAGGAUCCCCUGCAAACAUCAGCUUAGCACAGUACCUCAUUAACGCAAGCAUAUACUUUCUCAAAUCUGAAUGUCUGGGAGAUGCUAUGCAAUCAAUGGUCCACGCAUAACUGAGAAGAUUCCUUCUAAGCUGAAGAAUUAUAUGAAUGGCUAAUGCUAGCAAAAUGUACCCACUACUGCUUUUGUAUGAAUAUUUCCUCUGUUUAUAGUGCUGAGCGCUUUAAAAUGAGCAAUGACGAUUUUUUUUUGCACCACUUUUCUUAGCAGUUGACAUAUGACAGUUGACAACUUCAUUUCCAAUUAAGAUUUUUAAAAAUUGGCAAAUACCCAAGGGAAACAGUGGGAACACCACGUAUCUACAUGUAAAGACAGUUUUAGGUGGUAACAAAGGACAGAUGAAAACUUGUUCUCUGAAGACUUUCCAUGCAAUGCUAAAUGGUAAAAAAAAAAUAAAAAAUGGAAGUACAGAAAAAUCAUGGUCAACUUACAUCUCACACACAGAAUCUUACAUCCCUUUCCCAGGUUCUAGGGUUCCUUUCCAGUACAUUUAAACAAAUCAUAAAAUCAAGGUUACUUACACUUUAUAGAUCCUUUUUCAAGGAGACAAAUGGGUGGUAGUGUUUUGUUUGUUUGUUUUUUUUUUUUCCUUCUUCUUCCCUUCAAGGUUAAGAUACGAAUAUAUCUCAUCUAAAGAAGAGCCCAUAAUCAUGUCCUCUUUGAAUACACAACACUGGUCUGAGGUUUAUGCUAUCUUAUUUAAAUGCAAUGUAAUAAAUCCAACUAUAUAUAUUGAUGACUGGCUCCUCAUCAAGAGUAUCUUCAACUUAAUUUUCCUUGAGUGGAAAACGUAAAGAACCGUUUGCUCAUUUAUAAAGUGCAUUUAACCACACACUGCACUGCAGACAAAGUGCUGACAACUGCAUGUCAGUCAUUUCACAGAGCUGCAUGAAACUGUUGUUCUCCUUCUUGUGUAUAGUAUUUAGAAUCAAUAAAAAUAGAUUCCAUUACUUACCGUGUUGACCUGUCGUAUUGCCUUUUGAAAUUCAUCCCAUUCUUUGUCCAUCUGAUCCUUUGGAGCAUCAACUUUUCGCACCUAAAGAACAUGAAAACACAGGCUCGUUAAUGAUUAAUGCCUAGUGAGCCAACAACUGGAAACAAUUGGGAAAAAACAGCAUAAUUUUGCCAUGUUCUCAGGAAACCUGGUCAAAAUAUAUACAUUACCUAAAUUGAAGUAACUAGGAUAGUACAGCAGCACAAGUGUUUUGGAGGAAAAAUAUCUGACUCUAUUCCCGGUUUUAAACAAGAAGUUUGACUACAGUAUUAAAGAACAAUUGACUUAGAAUGGAUGGUGUGAGAUGCCUGGACUAACAAAAGUGACUACGCCCAUUAAUCUGAUUUCACUAUGUCACGUAGUAAAUUUUAAAUUUCUCUGUGAGCUGUCUGUUCAGUCGUAUAUAAGAGUUAGGACACAAACUAAAAAGGAGUAAAGUAUUUGUUUUUAGCAUGACAUAAAAUAUGGUGUUAUUCAGUUACUGGUUUAACUAGUGGUAGCCUGAUUAUAUUUCAAGUAUAAAUUGAUUUUGUUGGCUAGCAGGAGAAAUAGCAUAGCUACGUUCCACUUUUCAAACAAUCUGCAAAGCUUUUUCUUCCGUGGUAGACAGCAUUAAUUACUAAAACAAGAGGACUGAAAAAGUAGGUGUAGGAAUGGGUUUAAGAUCUACAAAUAAAAUAAUCAAAACCAGAUUGUGCUUUUAACUUAAGCAAAUAAAUCGGAUAAUCUACCUGUGUAACCAGAACAGCUCAAGACUGGAAGCUGUGACAUAGAUGCUAGAUGACAGAUUAUGCCUGGUUCUGGACUGGGUGGAAAUCACAUAGCUAAGAGAACUAAGCAGUUUGUACAGAACAAUUCAUGACAUCCUUUUGCAUUAGCUUUGUUUUUCUUUUAUUCAUUCCUCUCUUUUGGUAACAUGUCAGUCAUCAUCCCAGUAAAGACAAUGGUCUGGUAUGUUUUGUUCCUGAAUUAUUAUAUAAAAUCCAGUAGCAUGAAUUAAGUUUAUAGAAUACGUUAGAAGCUUCCCAGCAAACUACGUAUCGAAAGUCAUCAUUUCAUUUUCUGUUUUGUGAUUAUUUUUAUCAUGUGUGUAUGUACUGUGUUACUAUGCAUUGUGGUUGUCUUUUGUAAUUCAUAAUUAUUUGUAUUUCUUACAAUAAAUUUAAACACUAAAGAUAUUAUUUUUCCUUGAAAUAUUUGUCUAACACAGAUUUCAUAUGCUUCAUAAAUUCCUGAUGUAAAGAACCAAAAACCCUUUGAAGCCCAAAACCCCCUCUCCAGAAACACCGCUGUUAAUUCUGAGAAUAAUUAUUUUGUGCACAACUCCAACACAGAAUCCCUGUAGUCAUCCCACUGUAAGUGAUGCCACAUUUUCCUUCCUCUUCACAUUAGCUGAAUUUAGAAAGGGCUGAUUAAAAAGGAGUGCAUCUGUAGGCAAUUCAAGAGAGAGCUUACUGAGCCAUAUAUCCACUUAUAAAUUUUAUAAUCUGAGAAGAUGACCAGACCAAAGAUCACUAACCAAUGUCCUCACAAAUAUAAGCAUGUUCUCCUUUGCCAGCUAGACAUUUCCACUCUGUACAAGCUUCCCAAGUCAUGCUGAAACUACAUAUUGACAAAUGUAACACAACAGUCACAUGCAAAAAUAAAAAUAAAAAAUUAAAAAAACACAUCUUUUUCAGAUACAUAUUUGAACGCUCAAAAUGUCAUUAUUCAGAAGUAUUUACAUAUGCCACCGCAGACUUGUGUGCAUUUGUGGUGCCAAGAGAAUCUUGCCAGAGCAAAAAGACACCUAGGCUUGCAGCUGUGACGAUGGGAUUAAAUGGACAUAAAGGAGCAUUAUUUGGAAGGUCUCCAAAUCAAACCUCAAUUUAAA